GGGGUGAGAUCCCACGGGGGAGCUGCAUCGACUGUAGGGAUAUGCAGAUUCUGGGUGACGUCCGGGUCAUGUGCCAUGAAGACGACGAGUACGACAGCAAGGGCUCGUUCGAGAUCCCCAGCCGGCCGGCAGAUCGCGUGGCGCAUUGCCGCAACACCAGCACGACCACGACCAUUUGCGAGCAGAGCACGAAGACGCCGUGCGAGAUGGUCCUGAGGUACGGCUGCGAGAAGGGUCCGCCGGAGCAGGCCGACAAGGUCUGCCCCAUCGGCUACCAGGAGUGCCCGAAGCACAAGGGGCUUGAGGCCGUGUGCCCGCCGCGGGAACAUGAGAAUGUCGGCUGGAGGGAUUUCACCUGCUGCUUCAAUGGGACCCAGGUGGGUCUGCCGCUCUACGGCGUCCGGGAGGCCCCGACCUACGUCCAGGUGUUCGGGUACAUGAAGUGGGCGCAGAAGCAGACGAAGAGGUACACUUCUGAAGACUACUGCCCCUGGCGUGGGUACCGCUGCCAGCUGCUCAAUGACUUUGCCUCCAACGGGAUAAAGUGCAACUUCUUGCUGGGCAUCGAGGCCAUCGCCCUCUUCCUCGCCGUGUGUCUCGGUUUCUCCCGCUACCGCCACAAGUUUAUGUCCUUCAUCGCGGUCCUGUACUUGGCCGCCGGCGGGACAGGUGUCCUGGGCCGGCGCGACCCCGAGGUCUACAAGUACAGGAACAAGUACGUAACAGACAGCCUCGUGGAGGAGGACUCACUCCUGAAGCCUCACUUCGACGAUCCUGAAAUUGGCGCAAACGGGAAGCCAUGGAGCCCAGGAAAUCCUGAGUGGGCAUACUACAAGUUCAAUGCGCAGAUAGACUACACUACGCGCGACCCAGAGUAUCCAGAGGGAUACCGGAGGCUGUGGGGGUGGCGCCUGGGAUGCGCUCAGUGUGUGCUCUGCUUCUUGUCGUGCAUUUGUGCCCUUGAGCUGUUCUUCGCGUACCAGAACGCGUCUCCGAUCCUCGGAGUCAUUCAGCUGUUCGCCUUUAUCAUGUGUUGUGUGCCCUGCGUGUGCCGAACAUUCAUCGACAACUACCUCGCGCCCUAUCCCGUCUUAUGGAUCUACCCGUGGCAGAAGCUUUACCCUAAGAGCUUCACGGUGGGGUCGUGGCUGCCGGAGCCUUUCGAUACGAUCUACGAUUGUGUGCUCAUGCUGCCAGAACGGCGGGCCGCGGACAACCUCGCCAUGAACCCGUGGCGGCAGUGCUGCCCAUUGGCCGAAGGAUGGCAGGACCUGCAGGGCCUCGAGAAGGUAUAUGAUAAUCAGCAGUUCAUCGAGGGCGCUAGCAUGGCCCCGUGCAAAGUUGGCAAAGCAAGCGCUGGGGGCCCAGGAGCAGGGGUCGACUUCAGCGUCGACCAGACCGGCGAGCGGCUGCAGACGUCCGGAGGCGACGAAAGCCUGGCCACGGGGUUAGCCGACUGCUCUGAUAAGCCACGCGAGCUGGAUAAAGCGGCAGUUGCAAAGGCAACGAAGAAGGCGGCAAGGGCAGGGGGCGCGGGCGAGUCCGCCGCCGAUGCAGGGCGAAGACAGGAGGUGCAGGAGUCUGACCCAGACGCAAGUAAGCUUGUUGCUCGGGCGCCACCCAGUCUGAGCUACCCUGGGGCGGACAUCAAGUUCGGCGCUGAAGCGUCGCUGGACGGCAGCGGCAGGUGA